GCAAGGGCCGCCAUUUUAACUGAGCAACCCUAGUGACAGGAGCCGAAGGAGCAGCGCAGGUUGUCCCCAUUUCCCCUCCCCCUUCCCUUCUCCGUUUGACUUCCCGGGCCCCUUACACUCCACAGUCCCGGUCCCGCCAUGUCUCAGAAACAAGAAGAGGAGAACCCUGCGGAGGAGACCGGCGAGGAGAAGCAGGACACACAGGAGAAAGAAGGUAUUCUCCCUGAGAGAGCUGAGGAGGCAAAGCUAAAGGCCAAAUAUCCAAGCCUAGGACAAAAGCCUGGAGGCUCCGACUUCCUCAUGAAGAGACUCCAGAAAGGGCAAAAGUACUUUGACUCAGGAGACUACAACAUGGCCAAAGCCAAGAUGAAGAAUAAGCAGCUGCCAAGUGCAGGACCAGACAAGAACCUGGUGACUGGUGACCACAUCCCUACCCCACAGGAUCUGCCCCAGAGAAAGUCCUCGCUCGUCACCAGCAAGCUUGCGGGUGGCCAAGUUGAAUGAUGCUGCCCGGGGCUCCGCCAGAUCCUGAGACGCUGCCCCCCCUGGGUCCUGUGCUGGCUCCUGCCCCUCCCUGCAUUUGCAGAGGGCUCAGGAGGUGGCUCGGGCACGGGCUGGAGAGGCAGAAGCCCCUGCCCGUCGGUGUCCCAGCGCAUGGAGCCCCUUGGGCUGAGCACCAAGACCUUGAACCUUUUUUGUUUUACCUUUCUUCCAAAUAACUAUUGGGAGAAACCUCAGUGAAAUCCUGGGGAGUGGGGUGGGGCUGGGGAGUUGUUUGAGAGGGUGGGUGGGAGAUUUAGGGGAAUAUGAAUUAGGGCUUGGAGCUGAUAACAUUCCUGACUAUCCUUCUUAACCCUGUGGCUGGUGUGAGGUGGAUGUGAGGGGAAGGAAGUGGAGUAAACUAAAGACAUGGGGUUCCAAUUUAACUUUGUAGAAAAAUGCAAUGUUUGCUUAGACAUGGCUGGGGACCUGGUGUCAGAUAAAAGAAACUGCCCAUCUAAAUAUGACAGAUGCAGAUAGCUCCUCUGGUUCUGCAGAGCAAGCUGAGAAUGCAAUUAAUGUUAAUUGUUCAUUUUUUUUAAUAUCCUUGAAACAGAUGUACUGUGGGGAGAAGGGCAGUCAGUAUGGGGAAAGAGGGCCAUGAGCAUGGGGAGCCCCACAGAGCCCAGGGGACUUUUUCAGUAUUUGAAAUUUAAAAAAAAAAAAAAAGACCCAUGGAAAAAAAAAACCCACCCAUAAAUACUCUGAAGCA